AUGUAUUACACAGAUGAACUAGAGGGAACAGUUCCUGAGUCCACCACGGCUCACAACAUCAACUUCGCUUUGCAAAAAUACCUUCUGCUAUUUAACGAACACGAAGAGCUUCGACAACACAUGCAUGAUCUCUGUCCUUCAUAUACUACAUCCUCCACUGCAGUCACAUCUCCUUCGGUCUCGCCGACCCGAUCGUUUAGUGGUAGCCCAUCGCUCAUGAACUCACCUUCCCCUCCACGGAAUCACCGAAGAUCGCCGCAAUCGUCUAUUAGGAAUUUCGGACACCACUCGCAGCCUCAGCUCGAACCAGUAUUAGACGAGUCACUCAUUGAAGAAAUGGCGGCGGGCGAACAGAAGCUCUUCGACGUGAAUGAGGGGAUCAAGAGAGCAUUGACUGAGUUAUUAAAUUGUGAUACGGUCCGAAAAGACCAAGAAAUGCGAACUUGGGUACAAUCGCGAUUAAUGGAUACCGAACGAGAGUUACGUAGUGGACGGAGAAGACGAAGCCAUGGUAGUUUCGAUUAG